AUGGGGCCGCGUAGGGAGCGACCGCGGGGAGGAGCGAGAGGCGAUGGCGGGGAGGAGGGAGAGGCGACCGUGGGGAGGAGGGAAAGGCGACAGUGGGGAGGAGGAGAGGCGACGACGGGGAAGGGGGAGAUGCGACGGCGGGGAGGAGGAGAGGCUACGGCGGGGAGGAGGAGAGGCGACGGCGGGGAGGAGGGAGGCGACGGCGGGGAGGACGGAGAGGCGACGACGGGGGGAGAUGCGACGGUGGGGAGGAGUAUAGGCGACGGCGGGGAGGAGGGAGGCAACGGCGAGGAGGAGGGAGGCGAUGGCGGGGAGGUAAGGGAGAGGAGAUGGCGAGGUGGAUGGUACGAAGUCAUUGUGAGUGUGCUCACCUUUGACGCCGAGGGUCGGGCAGUGGACUUUGAGGUCUGGGUAGAUGAUCUGCAGCUUUUCCUACAGUGCGAUAGGGCAGACAGUCUCUCCCUGUUCGACCUCACUUCUGGUGGCUCUCCCGCCCUUGCUACUGAUGCUGACGCCACUGUUCGCUCACAGUGGGCCACGCGCGAUGCUGCUGCUCGCCAUGCUGUGCCCCGCCACUUACCGACCACUGAGCGCGCGCAUUUCAGCCAGUACAAGAGUGCUCAGACCUUGAACGACGCUGUAGUUGCACGCUACUCUUCCCCUGCCACUGCUGCAUUGAGCCGCCUCAUGGUACCGUACCUCUUCUCUAACCUUGCUGCCUUUCCCACAGUCGCUGACCUUAUUACGCACCUCCGCACUAGUGACACUCGCUACCGCGCUGCGCUUCCUGCUGAGUUCUGCGUCAAGAACCCCCCCCCCAUGUACAUCACCCUCUACUACAUAGUCACCCGGCUCCCUGACUCUGUCCGUGUAGUCAGGGACCACUUCCUCUCAGUUUGCCCCACCACUCUCACCAUUGACCUUCUCGAGAAGGCCCUCCUAGCGGCAGAGAAGAGCAUAGUCGCUGUAGGAGCCUCUCGUGGUCACCCUCGCACCCCCGUCUUUGAGGGGUGUUCUCCCUCCCCCCUCUUGCCCUCUGUUGCCUCUGCUGCUGCGGCCGACCUCGUUGGUUUCGAGUCGGUCGGCGAUGCGUCUGCCCCGAGCGGGAAACGCCGCACCGUCAAGGGCAAGGGGGGCAAGGGCACUGGAGGGGCUGGAGGGGGCGGUGGAGGUGGCGGUGGAGGCAGUGGGGGUGGUAGUGGGAGUGGUGCCGGGGGUGGCGGCGGCGGCGGCAGCAGUGGAGGCGGCGGAGGCGGUGGUGGUGGCGGAGGGAGCGGAGGCGGCGGAGGGAGCGGAGGCGGCGGAGGUGGAGGAGGAGGUGGAGGUGGAGGAGGCGGCGGAGGCGGCGGUGGCGGCGGCGGUGGUGGAGCGAGUCGCGACUCUGCGCAGAGGAGUGGCUCAGGUGGUGGUCCGCACCAGCAGUAG